AUGACUCGUGAAGAUGUACAGGAUUAUUUUAUAAAAAUUAUAUUGAUUGGUGAUUCUGGCGUUGGAAAAAGUACUUUAUUAUCACGUUUUUCCAGAAAUUCUGAAAAUGAAGUUGGAUUUGAUUUUGCAACACGAUAUUAUCGUGAUGCUAUUGAUGCUUUAUUAAUUUACGAUAUAAGUAAACGUUGUACGUAUGCAAAUAUUGAACGAUGGUUUAAAGAAUUACGUGAUCAUGCUGAUGCUAAUAUUAUUAUUAUGCUAAUUGGCAACAAAUCGGAUCUGCGACAUCUACGCUCAGUUUCUAAUGAUGAAGAAAAAGAAUUUGCAGAAAUAUAUCGUAUUGUUUCACAACGUCAAUUAACAACGAUAUCAUCUUCAACAUCUCCAAUUAAAAUAAAAAUAAAAUAUUACAUCGAUGAUAAAGAACCGGCAUAUUUAUUAGAAUUAUGUCAGACAUAUCCUGUUAAACUGAAAGAUUUUAAAACUGCGCUUGAUCGUGAUUGUAAUAAAUACAAAUUUUUCUUUAUGUCAUUAUAUGAUGAUCCAAUUGGAGAAGUUAGAAGAGAAAUAACUGAUAAUGAACAAUUAUUACCCUAUUAUCGUGGUAUAAUAGUAGCAUAUCUUGAAUCAAUUCAAGCAAAUAGUUUAAAACGAAAACAAAAUACCAGUGAUUACACGUUAUCAGUGCCAAUAGAAUAUAUUGAUGAAACUAAAUUAUGGAAUGAACAUGUUAUCAACAAAAAUAUUCAAUGUAAAAUUGUUAAUAAUGAUGAUAUUUUAGAACAAUUACGUCCCUUAGUGUUAGAAUUGAGAUGGUUAAAAUUUCAUAUGGAUUCAACUAGUAUCGAACUAAAACAACUAAAACAAAUGAGAAAAGAAAGAAAACAAAAAAAGGAAAAACACGACUUAGAAGUACCAUAUCAUCCCUAUUCGUUGCUGUUUUAUCAAGCAGCGAGUGCUGGUCAGAAUUCUAUAUCAUUUUUAAAAGAAGAUUUUAAUGAUUCAACGCGUGAAGAUAUAAGAUGUAUCGUUGGAGACGAAUUAUUUGUUGUUCCGCAAGAAAUAAAAUCACAUUAUCAUUGUAGAACAGAUAGGAAUCAUGAAGGAAUAGAUGGAAAUUGUGAGGCAUUUGGAAAGUUAUUAAAAUUAGUACUGAAAAGAUUAAAUGAAUCGAAUCAUAAAUGUUCGCGUUUAGACAAUAAAGAUGAAACACGUAUCUUAUGUACAUUCAUGAGUCGUAUACAUUGUGUUUGGUUUAUUGAUUUUAUAUGUAAAUUUGAGAAUGAUGAAUGGAACUUAUCCAAAUGUUUUGUUUAUCCACAGUUUCCUGUACCAGAUCAAGUGCCUAUCGGAGAAUUAUGUUCAUUAAAACUGAUUGAUCACAAUGAUUAUGGUGCAUUAGAACAUUUAUUGCCAACUUUACCAACAAUGGGAUUUAAAUUAUUAGUACAAUAUAUUGAAACAUUGUGUACAAGAUAUAAUAUAAAAAAAUGUGGCAUUACGUUUCUAUAUAAUAAUGGAAUUCAUAAAAUGAUAAAUGGUAAAAUCGAAAUUAUUGAACAAACAAGAAAAUCAAUUAUAUUGGUAGAAAAAGAUGAAGAUAAAAAACCAAGUGAAGCAUCAGCUACAGGUGAUAAUGGACAAAAUAGUAUUGGGUCAAUUAUUAAGAUAUCAAAAUAUCAAUUAAUCAGAAAUGAAAUGAAUGCUCAUAAAAUAUUAGAUGGACACCCACAUGUUCGUUCAAUGUUAAAUUUAGAAUCAUGGGGUGUAGUAACAGGAUGUGGUGCGAAUAUUUCAUUUAUAGAACUUAGUGGCUUUGGUAUUCCAUUAAAUAGUGGACAUUUAACAAGUAAUGAAAAUUUUGAAAAGUAUUUUACACAAACAAAAUUAGCUAUUGAACAUAUACAUAAACAAAAGUAUCUGCAUCGAGACAUAAAACCGACAAAUAUAAUUAUUAUUAAUGACAACUUAACAUUAAAUGAUUUUGAUGUAUCAUGUCGUAUGGAUGAUUAUGAAAAAAGAAAAAUUUCUGUUGGUGCAAGGAAAUAUUCAUCACCAUUACAUCAGAACGGUUCAUUAUAUAGAGAAGAGGAUGAUUAUUUAAGUUCAUUGUUAACAUUUAUUUCGUUUAGAUAUGAUUAUGAUGAUUAUUCGAAUGAGAACAAAAUAAAAGUAUUAAAUGAUACACUAAGAAGAACGUUUAUACCUGAUACUAUAAAAGACGAAAUAAGAAUAAUACUGAAUAUUAAAUAA